AUGUCACAGAAGCAGAAAGCAAAAGCAGCAAAAGCAGAUCGAGCCUCCUUCCUCCUAGUUAAGCCGGCGGCGUCACAAACGCGAAAAGCCUGUGGCCUGCUCAAAGAUGGCAGCGCCACUCGCUCUGAAGAGGAUCCCCCUCCAUCACCGAUGUCCUCAGAUGCUGGACCGGAGGACAGCCCGCUCACAGCGCAAAACAUGAAAAAGAUGCUGGCAGAACUUACGGACACCAUCCAAAGAAAUAUGGCGACACAGAUACAAGCCCUCAUGGUGGAUCUCCGAAAGGAGAUACUAGAAGUAGGUCAGCAUACUGCCCAAGUGGAGAAACAGAUGGACGAGUUCGUUGAGGCACAUAACAGCCUCACAAAUAAAUUGCAAGAACUGGGCUCCAUCCUCCAUGACCACGCGUUAAAAAUGGCCAACAUGGAGGACAGGUCGAGGCGCAACAACUUGCAGAUACGCGGCAUCCCAGAGUCCAUACUAAACCCAGCCCUCAAUACCUACUUGCUAGACCUGUUCCAAGCAUUGACACCGGAGACCAUUCCAGACCAGCUCAUCAUCAAUCGGGCGCACUGGCUGAGGAGACCUAAACACCUCCCAUACUCCACCGCAAGGGAUGUGAUUGUUAGAGUCCACUUCUACCACGCUAAAGAGAGGCUAGUCAGAGCAUCCCAUUCAUCAGGCAUGCCAGAGCCUUACCAAGACUUCAAAAUAUUCACAGACUUGUUGGCAGCAACCCUACAAUUCCGUAAAAGUCUGAACCCCCUCACAGCCACGCUGCGCACACUAGGGAUCACAUACCGUUGGGGAUACCCAGCAAAAUUGCUCAUCCAUUAUCAGGACUCACUACAUGCAGUGGACUCACUCCCAGCUGGCAAGGAAAAAUGUCAAAGUUGGGGACUGUCGAUAACCGUGACCGGAGACCAAACCAAGGAAAAGAUACCCCGGAUUACCCCGGAAUGGAACCCAGCCUGA